CCUUCCCCUCCUAUCCCAGCCUUCAAAAAUCCCCUCUUCCCUCUCCAUCCCAUCCAAACCCCCUUCACAAAACCCUACACUACAGACCAGGAAAAAAGGAAAAAAAACUUGAAUUUCAUUUUCUGGUUGUAAUAAUCAUCAAUGGCCAAGGCUACUGAUGAUUCCAUCGAUAUAGGGAAGCUCUACGGGUACGACCAUCGGCUCAGCGAGGCGAAAGACAAGUCUCAACAUAAGGAGGACUAUGAGUGCAUUCUCGCGGCAGCGAACGGCUUAGUGAAGGCGAGGCAAUUGGCGGCGAUGCUAAUACCGAAGUUCUUCAAGUAUUUUCCUCAGAUUUCCGAGCAAGCACUCGAUCAGUAUUUGUAUCUCUGCGAAGAUGAUGAGCUAGGGGUGCGAGUUCAAGCAAUCCGUGGGCUACCUCUUUUUUGCAAAGAUACACCUGAACAUCUGUCUAAAAUUGUUGACAUUCUUGCUCAGCUUCUAGUGACCGGAGAAAUUGUGGAGCGUGAUGCAGUAAACAAAGCUCUGAUGUCUUUGUUGCGGCAGGAUACAAGAACAUCCUUGACAGCUUUGUUUAAGCAUGUUGGAAGCACUGAAGAACGGGGUGCUGAGGAGCCUAGCACAUGGGAGAAUGUUCGCGAAAAGGUUCUUGGCUUUAUCAAAGAAAAGGUAUUUCCCCUCAAGGCUGAGUUGUUAAAACCACAGGAAGAAAUGGAGAGGCAUAUAGUUAAUUUGGUGAAACAGAACUUGCAAGAUGUGACGGCAGGUGAGUUUAAAAUGUUCGUGGACUUUUUGAAGAGCUUGAGCUUAUUUGGACAGAAUGCUUCGGCUGAACAUGUUCAAGAAUUGGUUGAGAUCAUCGAGGGUCAAGCUGAUCUAGAUGCUAUAUUUGACGUCUCAGAUGUUGAUCAUAUAGAACGAUUCAUAUCUUGCCUUCGUAUGGCCCUUCCUUUAUUCGUUAGGGGUGCAUCAAGCAGCAAGUUCAUUAAUUAUCUGAGCAAACAAAUUGUACCUAUUUUUGACAAGCUUCCAGAAAAAUGGACGCUGGACCUGCUCAAGACCUUGGCCGAAUGCUCACUUUAUGCGACACCACAAGAUUCUCGUCAAUUUCUUCCAUCAGUUGUUCAACUUCUUAAGAAAUACAUGGUUCGGAGGAAGAUUGAAGAGAUGAAUUUCACAUGUAUUGAGUGCCUGUUGUAUGCUUUUCACCAUUUAGCUCACAAGACUCCUAAUGCCACCAACAGUCUUUGUGGCUACAAGAUAGUCACUGGACAGCCAUCUGAUAGACUUGGGGAAGAUUUUUCAGAGCAGUUUAAAGACUUCACAGAAAGAUUGAGCACCAUUGAAGAUUUAACCAGAUCCAUGAUAAAGAAGUUAACUCAAGGGAUGGAUGAUCAAAACAAAGCAAUGAAAGCUGCUAAAACAGAGGAAGAAAAAGAUGAUAUUAAGACACAAAAGCAGAGUGCUACCUCUGGGCUCAAAAGUUGCAAUAACAUAUUGUCAAUGGCUCAGCCCCUGCAUUCCAAAUCACCUUCCUUUAUUGGGGAUCAGAAAAUCAACUUGUCAUGGAAGGAAUUAGCUAAACCAUCAGUUUUACCAACUGCUGCUGCUGCUGCUGGUCAAAAGCGAACUGCUGCUGCUGUUAAUGGAGUCAACACUAGUUCAAUGAAAAAGGGUCGAGGAGCUGGUGGCUUUCAGAACCAACUUCUAAACAAGGCAUUUGAAGGUUUGUCUAGUGGUGGCAGAGGUGGAAGAAACAGAGGUUGGCAGGGACGUGGCAGAGGAAGGGGUCUUCGCUAAAGAAGCCUUCCUUUUGUAAGAUUUAUCACCUAUCAAAGAACAUAAUACCAUUUUUCUCAGUAGGAUCUGGGCUGUUUUUUAUCAUAUCAUUGUAGGUUUAAGCUAACUUGCAUUUAGUUAUAGCUGAUCCAUUCUGACAAGUCCUUCUUGUUCUCCCUCCCUUCCCACACUUGCAAAUACCCUACAAAUUCAUCUGUAUCUCCUGAUUGACGCAGAAAUCCUACAGAUUAAAUGUUGUUUUUUAGUGCUUAGAGAUUGACCAUAUUUUUUUCCCCUGGCUGUUUUUCUGUCUAUUUCUGAUUCAAUACUACUAUCUGCUGCACAGUGAUUUUCAUU